CCGUGCGCGUUGGUGUUCUUGCUGACAUGUCCGGACGCGGCAAGCAGGGCGGCAAGGCGCGCGCCAAGGCCAAGACGCGCUCCUCGCGGGCCGGGCUGCAGUUCCCCGUGGGCCGCGUGCACCGCCUGCUGCGCAAGGGCAACUACGCGGAGCGCGUGGGCGCCGGCGCGCCGGUGUACCUGGCCGCGGUGCUGGAGUACCUGACGGCCGAGAUCCUGGAGCUGGCGGGCAACGCGGCGCGCGACAACAAGAAGACGCGCAUCAUCCCGCGCCACCUGCAGCUGGCCAUCCGCAACGACGAGGAGCUCAACAAGCUGCUGGGCAAGGUGACCAUCGCGCAGGGCGGCGUCCUGCCCAACAUCCAGGCCGUGCUGCUGCCCAAGAAGGCCGAGAGCCACCACAAGGGGAAAUAAGGGAUAGGUUUGGUAAGAAUAGAAAACAAACGGCUCUUUUCAGAGCCACUUAUGUAUUCAU